CCUUUUUCACCUCACGCUCUUAUCACGCUUUUGGCUUCUCUAUAUAUAUCUAGAGAAUCCACACUUUCAUCACUUAUCUGUUGUCUGUGCAAUCCCAAUUAACUACGGACUUUGCCUAAUAUAGAAACAAUGGAUAUGAUUGGGAAUUACUAUUCUGGGGAUUUCCUUGCGGCGGCUGCGUCGUCUUCCCUGUUUUGGCAGGAACAGAGCACCGCCGGCGCCGCUGUUUCCUCGCCAAUUUCUUCCGACGACACUGGAAGUUCCAGUAGCCAUUGCAGUUUUACGACGAAAUCGAAUAUGUUUGAAGAGGAUAUGGUCAUGUUGGCUUCGAACAACCCCAAGAAACGCGCCGGCCGGAAGAAAUUUCAGGAGACGCGUCACCCGGUGUACAGGGGAGUGAGGCAGAGGAACUCCGGCAAGUGGGUCUGCGAGGUCAGGGAGCCCAACAAGAAGUCGAGGAUUUGGCUGGGGACCUUCCCGACGGCGGAGAUGGCUGCCCGGGCUCACGACGUCGCCGCCAUUGCUCUCCGAGGCCGAUUCGCCUGCCUCAAUUUCGCCGACUCUGCCUGGCGGCUUCCCGUCCCGGCUUCCUCCGACGCGAAGGACAUCCAGAAGGCCGCUGCUGAGGCGGCGGAGGCUUUCCGGCCUGAAACAGGAGCUGAACCCGCCGCCGAGGCAGGGGAGAUGACGCCUGAAAAUUAUGGGUUCUUGGUGGACGAGGAGGCGCUUCUUGAAUCGCCGGGAUUUUACACUGACAUGGCAGAAGCUCUUAUGCUGCCUCCACCUGGAUAUACUCAUGGUGACGUGGAGCCUGUCGCUGACGUGUCACUGUGGUCUUAGAGCAUCUUUAAUGGUAACGUGGAUUGCAUCCCAUAAAAAAUGGACAUAUCAUUAAUGUGGACGGUCCAUGAAGCUGAUGUGGAUAGACACACAUUUAAAAUAAUAUUUAAGCUCCAAUGGAGUCAUGAAUGUAAUUGUUCAUACGCCAUAUAUUGCUGAACUAAAAAAUUGCCGUAUGCUAUUACUCUUUAUUUGGUAUACAACUCUUAUUGAAAUACGUACUCUAGCCAAAUAAAAAACUCGUAGGUUAUUAUUUGCUAAUGUUGAAUUGGAAUUAAA